AUAGGAAAUAUAAAAAGUUGAAACAAAGAGAAUAAUGAUAUCUUAAUCACGGUGUGAAUUGAAGUGUUAAGCUAAAAGCUGUAAGCAACGUAAACACAGCUAUAAAUUUGCUAAUAAUAUGAACAUUCAACAUAAUUUGUUAUUUAAAUUAACAAACAAGUUGGUCGUCAACUUAGUAAUACCGGCGACUACGCAACUGGCAAGUAAUGUUCUUUAUCUCGCAAAUGAUAAAAGAUUGUUUAGUUGUUCUACAUUAUAUCAGACGUUCGGUUUAAUUUUAGUAUCUCUUACGUUGUAACCGGCGAAGAUGGUGUCGAUAGCGACUCGGCUUUUAAAAAACAAUUCUCAAUUAUUUUCACUUGUGAAAAAAUAUAAUGUUGAUAAGAUAUUUUUAUAUGCAUCAUACAGCACAAAAAGCCAGGGUAAAAUCUUUCAUGAUGCCAGUGAAGCUAUAAAGGAUAUUGGUGAUGGAUCAAAACUGCUUGUGGGAGGAUUUGGACUGUGCGGCAUUCCAGAGAACCUUAUUGAGGCCUUGAACAACAAAACUGUGUCUGGACUCACUGUGGUUUCUAAUAAUGCGGGAGUUGCUGACUUUGGCUUGGGAAAGCUGCUACAAAAGAAGCAAGUUAAGAGAAUGAUAUCUUCAUAUGUUGGAGAAAAUGACGAAUUUGAAAGGCAAUACUUAAAAGGUGAAUUAGAAGUUGAGCUGACUCCUCAAGGAACAUUAGCCGAGAGGAUAAGAGCAGGAGGGGCAGGUAUUCCGGCUUUCUUCACUCCUACAGGAUACGGAACUUUAAUCCAGGAAGGUGGUGCUCCAAUCAAAUACACAAAAGAUGGAAAGAUUGAUAUCCCAAGCUCUCCUAGGCAAGUGCAGCAAUUCAAUGGCAAAGACUACAUAAUGGAAGAAGCUAUAACUGGUGAUUUUGCUCUUGUAAAAGCCUGGAAAGCUGACAAAUAUGGAAACAUAAUAUUCAGGAAGACAGCUAGAAACUUCAACCCGGCUAUGUGCAAAGCCGCAAAAACAACCAUAGUGGAAGUUGAAGAAAUUGUUGAUGAAAUUGAGCCAGACCAAGUGCACAUACCUUCUAUAUUCGUCCAUAGAAUAGUCUUGGGCAAGAAGUUUGAGAAACGCAUUGAAAGGAGAAUAGUCAGAAAGGAUACUACUCAAAAGACUCUGAAACCUUCUGAUAUGGUACGAGAGAGGAUAAUCAGAAGAGUCGCAAUGGAGUUUAAAGAUGGAAUGCAUGCUAAUUUAGGAAUUGGUAUGCCAAUGUUGGCCAGUAAUUAUAUUCCCAAAGACAUCAAAGUGUACUUACAGUCCGAGAAUGGAGUUCUUGGGCUCGGCCCAGCCCCAACUGAAAGUGAAUUGGACCCCGAUCUUAUCAAUGCUGGAAAAGAGACUGUCACAGUUGUUCCAGGUGCCUCAUAUUUCUCAUCUGAUGACAGUUUCGCGAUGAUUCGCGGUGGACACAUCGACCUCACGAUACUUGGCGCGAUGCAGGUCUCCAAAAAUGGUGACCUGGCUAACUGGAUGAUUCCUGGCAAAAUGGUGAAAGGUAUGGGUGGGGCCAUGGAUUUAGUUUCGGCUCCGCGUACUAAGGUCAUAGUCACAAUGGAGCACAGCGCUAAGAAUGGAGGCCACAAAAUAGUACCAGAGUGCACUCUACCCCUCACUGGCAAAAACUGCGUCGACAUGAUCGUUACUGAGAAGUGUGUCUUCGAAAUUGAUAGGGAGAAAGGGGAGUUGAUACUAACAGAGUUGGCUGAUGGAGUCAAGGUGGAAGACAUUGUUGCAAGCACUGGCUGUGAAUUUACUGUGGCAAAGGACUUAAAGAAGAUGGGCGAUAUCACAGAAAAUAACUAAGUAAACAAGAAUCUAUAUGGUAUAAAUUUUAUGGAGUCGUAAUCACUUUGCAGUAUAUAAGCUAUCUAUAAUUUACAUAUCCAAUUCCUGGCUAAGUUAUAAUGUUGGUUUUAUUUUGUAACUGACUAUAAGAUAGAAUUUAACGUGAAUUUAUGUAUGGUGCUAAGUUGUAUGUUUUAAGUUCUUAAAUUUUAUAAUAAUGAAUUGUAUAUUUUGUAU